UCCUUGCUCAUUUUCUCCAACAACAAACACAACUAUCAUGGCAGAUUCUGAGCUCGAGCGGCCGUUUGACGUGAUUGUGCUCGGCACGGGGCUCGUCGAGUCCAUUGUUGCCGCCGCUGCUGCCCGCGCUGGCAAACGAGUGCUGCAUCUCGACCCAAACAACUACUAUGGCGGUGCAGCGGGCGGCUCGUUCACGCUGGACGAGCUCGGUCAAGUGCUGACACCAGAAUGGCCCGCCAGCAAGACCAGCAGCUCGACUGCAGCUCCCAGCGCUUCUCCUGCCGCAGGCUCAAGCACGACAGACGAUAAGCCGACAACAGCACUGACGGAGGCUGCCUGCGUCCAAACACCGGCCGAGAAUGCCGACUCGGCUUCGAGCAUUCUGCGCGAACCUGCGUCAUCGCAGCCGCUCGAGCUCGAGCGUCGCCCGCUGCCUGCUGCUGCAGACCGCUUCUACCCCAUUGGAAACGCCGUUGUCGAGCAGCCGUUGGCCUCCGCGGCUGACAUCUGGGCACCGUUGGCUCGCCAGUCGCGGCGGUUUACGCUCGACGUCUCGCCUCGCGGUCUGUUCUCUCGCAGCCGCAUUGUCGAGCUGCUCAUCUCGUCGAAUGUUGGCCGUUACCUCGAGUUCAAGCCGGUCGACCAGAUGUGCUUUGCCCGGUCGGAGCCCGCAGGAGAGGCGCCGCAGCCCGUGCCGUGCUCUCGCGCCGAUGUCUUCUCGUCCUCUGCGUUCGGGAUGCUGGACAAGCGGGUGCUGAUGAAGCUGCUCUCGUUCUGCGUUGCGCUGGGACCCUACUUGCAGCAACCUACAGACGCCAGUCAGGUGGAUCCCGAUGUCCUUGCAGAGUUUACCCGCUUCAAGGACACGUCGCUCGUGCAGUGGCUUCGCGCCGAGCGCAAACUGUCGCCUAAAUUGCUGUACAUUGUCCUUUACGCCAUUGCGGCUGUGGACGAGUCAUCUACUGGCGAGCCCCUGUCGUCCAGGGCUGCGCUGACCGUCGAGCAGGGCGUCGAUCGCUUGUGCCAGUACUUGUCGUCGUUGGGCCGUUACAGCCGCACGCCAAUGCUGUGGUCGCAGUACGGCGUGGCAGAGCUGUCUCAGGCAUUCUGUCGUCUGUGCGCCGUGUUUGCUGGCACGUACAUUUUGCGUGCCGACCUCGCAUCCAUGCUGGUUUCUUCGUCCGCGUCUCCUUCGACACCGGCUGAUACGUGCGCAACCGAGUCAGUGUCGUCUCCAACAUUCGCCGGCUUUGUGGACACGGAGGGCCACCACAUGCUUGCCCCGUGGCUCGUCGCCAGCCCCGAGCACGUUCUGCCGGCUUCUGCUGUUGCUCGCGACCAUCCCGAGGCAAUCGUCACGUUGCGUGCCAUUCUCGUCACGAAUCGUUCCGUCUUCCCCGCUGUCGGCUUGAAAGACCAAGCAGCUGGCGACGCGUCGAACGCUGCUACCGAGCCCGGCGCCGAAGAAUCGAGCGCGGAUAGUGCAACGCCCGCACCUGCUCCGCCCGUCAACCCCGACGCGCGCAUUUCGUUCGUUUGUAUUCCCCCUGACACGUACGGCAAUCGACACCUCGUCCACAUGGUUGAGCUGGGAGCGAACGCGGGUGCGGCUCCCGCUGGCGCGAUGGUGGUGCAUUUGACCUGCCAGGCGUUUGCGUCCCAGCUGACCAACCCUCGUGCAGCAUUCGGGGGCAUUGUGGCACACUACUUUGACCACAACGCGCCCAGCAGCGUGCGGCCUGUCGUGCUGUGGUCGGCCUACUUUGACGUUUUGACAAACGCGCCUGCAGUUGCUGCGCAGACCGACACGCCUGCCAAUGUCAUCCUAUGCGCUCCAAUGGCAAGCGACAGCUCAAUCCAAAACGUGGCCGAGGAAGCGCGUGCCAUCUUUGACCGGAUCUUCCCCGGCGAGCCAUUCCUUCCCGCAGCGCCAAACCCAGAGGACAUUACCUGGGAUGCGCCGAGCGAGGCGACUUCUGAUUCGACGGCCCUCGAUUCGACCCUCGACGCGGCAUCCGAUGCUGCACCCGCUUCCUCAUCGACAGACCCUACUGCCGCGGUUUUGGCAUCAGACACAAUUCCUCCGCCAAGUGUUGCUUUCGGCGAAGUUGCUGCGAGCUCUAGCGAUGCAGUUUCGCCCACUUCUUUGCCUGAGCCGAAUUGAGCUUUCAUUCCCCCAAUCCCUUCCCCCAAAUCCCUUGAACAAUAAAAACAAAAUUGCUUGAUGGAUUGUUGAUGAAUACAAGUACCGUUGCUCGUUCUUGCUCACCUGUUCCCCCAGUCGUUUUUGUGCUCAAAGUGAGAUGCAACU